CCAGGGGGAACCCAGGCAAAGCCAAAACGAAGCUCCACCAAAAGCAAGGAGCAGAAAUGAAAGUUUCCAAAUAGCAUCCAAAGAACCGCAAAGGACCGGACCGAACAGAGCUCUCUGCGUCGCGUCAGCCCUCGGUGCAUUGGAGAGGCUGCACCAGGGAUGUGAACGCUCCCAGCCCGCUGCAUGGAGAGGGGUAAAGACACAGAAAAUCCUUGUUAUUUAUUUAUUUAUUGGAAGCAAUGUACGGGUGACACCCAGAAGGCAUCUGAGCACUGAAAAAAAACACACCUCUGGACCCAAAUGAGAACAAGAAGAAUGAGACAGCAGCCUUGACCCCUACACUGAGAGGAAGGUGAGCAGAAAGAAAGAAAAUACAGAAAAGCCAUGCAAGCACCAAACCUGUAGAUUACUGCAGCUCUUUUUUGCUUCACUGAGGACAGAUAUUUUACUGACAGCCAUGCAGCAUAAAGGCAUCAUGCUGAUUGUGUUCUUGGAAUAUUUUAUUUCUGGCCAUGGGGAAGCAGAUCCUGUGAGGCUACGAGCCUUCCGCUGUAAUGGCCGUUCUUGCAACCCUCCAGUGGGAAACCUUGCAACAGGGAGGACACCGGUAACUCUCACCACAUGUGGCCAGAACAGUACAGAACUGUACUGCUUCUACCCAGACCAGAAUCUCCUCCAUCAGGUCUCCCACGGCUGUGGGCAGCCUCGCUGCACCAAAUGCAAUGCCAACCAGCCCGACAACUCCCAUCUCCCUGCUGACAUGACAGAUGAUUUCUUCGCAAACCCCAUCUCCUGGUGGCAGUCUGCGCAAGGGGUACACAGGGAAGAAAUCAGACUGGACUUUGAAACAGAAUUCUACCUGACCCACGUCAUUGCUGUGUUCAAGUCACCCCGCCCAGCUGCGAUGGUGUUGGAAAGAUCCCAGGACUAUGGGCAGACCUGGAGGCCCUACAAAUAUUUCUCUGUCAACUGUACAGCGACUUUUGGGCUCCAGGAUGAUCUCAUUGAGGAGGGCUCCAUGUGUACUUCCAGGUAUUCAGAUGCAGUGCCCUGCACCAGAGGAGAGGUGAUUUAUCGUGCCUUAAGUCCGGCUAACAAGAUCGAAGACCCCUACAGUCUUGAAGCUCAAGAUCUCCUGAAACUCACCAACCUCCGCCUCCUCUUGUUAAAAAGACAGGAAUGUCCGUGCUAUGGUUCAGGAUUGGUAGAGAAACCUCAGAGAUUUGCCCAUUAUGCUAUUUAUGACCUGAUCAUCCGAGGAAGCUGCUUUUGCAAUGGGCAUGCAGAGGAAUGCGAGCUUGCCAACACAACAGGAGCCACGGAGAAUGUGGUCCAUGGGAAGUGUGUGUGUAGACACAACACAGCAGGGGACCACUGUGAGAAAUGUGCACCGCUAUACAACGAUCAGCCUUGGAAGCCGGGAGAUGGAAAAACAGGGGCACCAAAUGAAUGCAGAAAGUGUCGCUGCCACAGCCACGCUGACAGCUGCCAUUUUGAUCUGAGUGUUUGGCUGGCAUCGGGAAAGCGCAGCGGUGGAGUCUGUGACAACUGCAAGCAUAACACAGAGGGCCAUCGGUGUCAAAGGUGCAAACCAGGGUAUUACCGAGACAGAGGGAAACCCAUGUCUUCUACAGAAGUCUGCAAACCUUGCGCCUGCCAGCCAAUGGGUUCAGCCAACGCAACUUUCAGCAGAAGCUGGCGAUGCCACCCCAAGACAGGAUUCUGCUACUGCAAGCCAGGUGUGGCAGGCCCCAACUGCGAUAGAUGUCUCAUGGGCUACUGGGGCUUUGGAGAAAACGGCUGUCGCCCUUGUGACUGUGCCAGAGACUGCGACCAGCAUACUGGAAACUGUUUCAAUGGCUACGACAAUGAGCCAUUCUUCAACAUCCCCAUUGGGGGACGAAUCCCUGACACUGUGCAAAUGCUAACCAACGAGAGCGAAGAGGAGUGGAAAUGGAAUGACCAUGAGCAGGGAUUUUCUGCACUGAGGCACCCAGAAAAGUGUGUGUGCAAAGAAAAGGUGCUUGGAAGCGUCACUGACUUCUGCCAAAUGAAAUAUGCUUAUGUGAUAAAAGCAAGAAUCCUAUCAGCUCAUGACAAAGGAACCCAUGCAGAAGUUGUUGUGAAAGUGAAGAAGGUCCUGAAAUCAGGCAAAGUGAAAAUUGCUCGGAGCAACAGAAGUAUUUACCCAGAAUCCUGGACCAACAGGGGAUGUACAUGUCCCAUUCUCAACCCUGGUACUGACUAUCUUAUAGCAGGCCAAGAGGACUCUAGGACCAGCAAACUCCUUGUGAACAUGAACAGCCUGGUGAAACCCUGGAAAGCAUAUUUGGGAAAACAAGUAUCAGAUAUUCUUCGAAUUGGGUGCAAAUAAUUUCUGCUUCAGAAGUUACAGUGCUGAACUUUGCCUUUUAGUAACACUGCAGUGAAAGGUAUAGUUAGUUCAUGCGUUUCCAUUCAACGUGCUCCUAGCUGAAGUGAUGAAAGCAGACUUACCAUCCUUUCUCCUUUCACAUGCUUAGACAGGAAACUUGGGACAUGACUACUUUUUUUUCAGAAAAUGCACAGCUUUAUCAGACAAAAUUAAUUACUGCAUCACACAUAGGUUACAAGUCAGUUUUUAAUUUGAGCCUGAUUCUACACACCCACAGAAUCAUUUUACAAGGAAAAACUAAAGAUAUGGAUUAGUGUUUCCACACUUCAGGUCAGAGCUUGAUCUUAAUAUGUAAAAGCUGCUUACAUAAUGCAUUUGUUACUUGGGUGUAGUUUUCUUUAUAAGUGACCACUAACAGGCAGCAAUUUCUUUCAGCUUUACAAGUGGCAUAGUACUAAAUGAGCAUGUCAAACAAUACUUAUUUAAAAGAGCUCAGAUUGAUUUAACAUCAGACUGCAAUUAUGCCAAUACAACAGGUUGCUUUCUAGAAGGCAUUAUUAUCCCCCUGCUGAACAGAAACAAACUAACACAUGACUUAUCUUGGGACAAGGUCCUUUAUAGAUGUACAAUGCUAUCAUCAGUGCUUAGCACUGAGGUCUUCUGCAGAAACCACCUUGGCUCAAGCUUGAUUCCAAAUACAACCCCUGCUCUCUAAGGUCAUUUUGCUCUUUGCUGUAGUACUUUAGUCUCCAACACCACAGAGGUUUCACAGUGGUUACCGCUAGAAAGCCUUAAUGCUAGGAAAGAGCCAAAACAUGUGAGAAACAAGCAGUUGCUCUCAUGUUAAGAUUGUAACAGUACAGAAGCCACAAGACAGAAGCAGAAGGUAAAUGGAUUGGCUGGACUGUGUACUAAAUGAGGUAACUACAGUUCCUGUGAGAGCAACCUGGCUAUUUGAACUGUGCUCAAGACCACUGGCAUAUGAUUGUACUCAGUGCUUUCAUUCUCCUUUAUUUCUCUUGGUCCUGCUUCAGGUUGAUAUACUGAAGCUAGGCUUCCUUUCCAUUGUGCACGAGGAUUAUCCUUCUCUCCACGGAAAUCGUUAAUAUCUGCACUCUAGGUAAAAAUAGUUCUGUUCUGCAAAAGCAUUCUUUCUAAAUCAAUUUUACACUACCCUAUAGUAAUUAAGAGGUAGCUACUUAAAUAAUUCUUUAACACUGUAUUUUGAAGAAACUGUAGUUUAAGACCUGUGUCCCCUGUUUAAGGACCCACAAUCAAAUGAAGCUGAUUGGAGCAUGCUCCCUCUUCAAAGUAAAGCAGAAAGUAAUGAGUCCGUCUAUUCUUUCAUGGGGUUACAGAGAAAAAGCAUGCACACAUGCUACUUUUGCAUAUUACUAGUCCAUGUCUAUAAUUUAAUGCUCUCAGGAAAGAGGAGAUAUCUUCACUUAGCUCUGUCUGACUGGAACACGGAGUAUCUAGAAAAACCUAAUACUAAUGCAGAAUGAUGGAAGUCCCAGUCCACAGUUUAGGCCAUUAGGUUGUUCUCUGUCAUUAGGACCAUGAAAAAACAGCUUAUUUCAUUCCAUUUGUUGCUGUUUUCCUUUUAACUUCAUAGUGGUUGAACAGCAAAAAAACUCACAAGUUUAUUUGGAAAUGGAUGACAAGCAGCUAUUUACAAAAUAAAAGCUCCACUUUUUUCCCCUAAUAGUGCAUAAACAGUGUUUCUUCUUCUCCCCCUUUUCAGAAAGUCUGUCCUUCUCCAUUGCCAUUGCUUUUCCUCUUUCACUUCAUUAUGUAUUUGUUGUUACCUAAAGUGGUAUCCAACAAUGUGGCGUUUCCACCAAGCCAUUUAAUUAAUGCAAUAAAACACUGCUUAACCAAGGAAUUUGGCUUAAUUUGAAAUGUCAGCUUACAGAAAUUAAGAGCAUAGUAACUGCUUUCUUUACUGUCUCCAGAAAAGAUAAGGAACAUGCUCUUCAAGAGAGGCCACUUUACCUACAUGGGAUCUUAUUUAAUGAUGAUCAUAUUCCAUUUUGGUUUUUAGUCAGUACCGUAUUAAAACAAACUCCCCUAUUCCACUUUUUGUAUCAGAUUGGUGAUUCUGUGGGGAGGGUAAACAUCUGUACAGUUCCUUUCUGUGGAUGAAAAUUUUUUUUUAACACGGUCAUUUACAAGCACUUCUAGCCAUUGCUAGUAGAAAUAUAAUGUGGAACAAAAAUAUUGAUACCCUGGUGUGUUCUCUUGGGGCCUACUAUAAUACAAUAAUUAAUGAUUACCAAAUGCAAACAAGAUAGCCAUCAAUGUAUCACACAUUUCAGAUAUCUCAAAAGUAGGUGAUACACAUUCAGAGAACAGUGUAAAGCAAGUAAAGUGGGGGUACUAAAAAAUUUCCCAUCUUUUUGAAUCUCUGAUUUACAUGCUGGUAUCUGUAUAACUAAGUCUACUUCAUUCCCUCCAUUAGUUAGAAACAUUGCACAAUUUGUAUCAGCUACUAGCUCGUGUUUAAUGGUUUUGCUCAACAGAGUAGCAGCUAUUCCAUGAGCAUGGAAUUUAAUUUGAAAGUGAAAAAUAAAAGCACAUUAGGGUGAGUCAACACUGAAAGUUGACUUUUUAUUGGUAUCAUUACUUCUGCUAAUCAGGUAUCUCUGAGUUCAUAGAGAAGAAUAAAGUUUCAACUCACACAGAACUACCAUGUGCAAUCUUUGUUCUGCAGUGCUACAAGCCAGGUAGCCUGUCUGAAAAUAAGUACCUGAAUAGAAAUGAACUGCAUAGAUCAAGUUAGAACAGCUGUUGAUUAAGGAAGAGAUGAGAAAGUUUAAAUUGAUCACUGUGAGACUUUGGAAAGGAAAAAAGUUAUUUUCUUGUCUACUGGUACCUGAAAUGAAGAUGAGCAUGAGGCACUGCAAGAUGACAACUACCUUCCUAAGUAGAAGCUGUUACAUAUUCCUCAGAACAAGCAAACAAGAUCAUACAUAUUAAAUUAAAAGAACUACCACAGAAGGUAUGGUAUACCUGCACCAAAACAUAAUUGUUUUGUAGGCCUGUCUACAGUAUCACAUACCUUGUGAUCUUGUCUGUGAUUGUGUGUCUUAGGUAGCACAGUAAUACAAAGAAUACUAACAUGGAAAAAAGGAUGAAUUUGCCCAAUACAGAAGUGGCUGGACAGCUUUUUAGUAUGUCUAAAAUGGGACCUGUCUUUAAAAUGGCCACACAAAUAACCCUACAGCACACAAAUAGACAAGGUGUCUCACAAGCAGUAGCAACCACAUACCAAACAGCAGCAACGAUGUAUCACUUGGAAAUCCUGCAUAAGGAUGAAAUAAAAGCCUUUACCCACAAGAAAAUAAGUCUGGAAAGCUGUGGAAAAUUUGUAAUAGAGCAGGUGAUAGUUUGAAGCAGAAGCAUGUGUAACUUCACAGAUAGCAACAAACUCAGGAUUGCUGGAUGUCAAAGUAGCUCUCUCUGUUAACAGCUGUGCAGCACAUGUAUCCAUGAGCACACGAUCAUUCUGGCAAUGCGGACCCUUAAAGCAUCAAAGUAGUCUGGCAAGCAGCUAAGAAAGAAAACAUACCCACGCACAACCCUUGUGCACUGCUCUCCUGAGAGUGGCUCACUGCUAUAAAAAGUAAGUUUUCCCUGUAGCAUUUACCAUAUCUCAUAGUUUUUCCACGCUGCUUGAUGUAAGCUUUCUUUGAAGUGAUAUAAUUCACAUGAUGUGCUCCCUCAAGUCCUCCAGACCUGGAAAAGUUAGUGUGUUAUUUGUUAUGUGUUGUAGCACCUUUUUUUUUUUUUUUUGUACUUAAAAACUUCAAUU